CUUAUGAAAGAAAUAAGAAUGAAUCUAAAGCGUCAGAUUUAACACUCUUAAUUGCAAAUCAUCUUUACUUAUCGGGGGAAAAUAUGUAUUUCCUUAAUAUUUCGUUUCUCUCUCCAAUUAAUCAACUCCUAAAUUCACGUUUAAUUUGUUCCACAUCUUUUACAGAUACACAAUCUGAUUUCUUCCCCUUCCUCGUACCAUUCAGAGGAAAGAGGUACGACCAACUCUAUUGGGUUGAAAUUGCAAAAGAAAAAGAAUCUUGCCGACUGGUUGGAUGACGUCGAUGCACCAGUCUCCCAACACCAACUCAUCCUUCAAAUGCUUCACGGUCUCCCUGCCGAUCUCUAGGCACAAACAUCAUUCAUGCAAUUUCAGGAUCCCAUGCCCACGUUUCUGCAGGUUCGAUCCGCCCUCAUGCUGCUGGAUCGACAACGGACGAGUCCCUCCGUCUCGGGCACCACGGCGUUUCUCACGACCCGAGCCGGCGGCAACACCCAUGGAGGCACUCACGGCGGUACUCCCGGCGGCUAUGGCGGACAGCAUGGCGGCACAGGCUAUGGGGAAGGCAACUCCGAGCAACGUGGAGGCUAUGGACAAGGACAAGGCCGUGGUGGUGGAAAUCGGGGGAGGGGUCACGGACGUCAAAACGGCUCACGACCGCGGCAAUCCUACGACGGCAAAAAUACCUGGAACUCACCGUACCCUAACCCUAACCCGGCUCUGCCUCCACCUUCAUGCGCCCCGCGACUCUCACCUCACGGCCAUGAAGAGAGUUCUCCGUUAUCUUAGCGGCACCGCCACUCACGGUUUCGUCUAUUUCCAUUCUCGUAAUAAGAGAUCUUUUGUGACCGGUCUUCCCCCUAGUCACAAAAGAUGGAAGAAAAGAUUUGUUUUUGUUGAAUUCCCCCCUGACCAAUUUCCUCUCUCAAACCCUGAGUGGGCUGACCGGGUUAUAAAACCUGAAAGGGUACAACCGGAGCCCACUAAAGAUCUUGAGGACGCCUGCGAGAAACUUCUCAAGGGUGAUCCUGUGACCGGGAAACCUUAUGCCUACGGGGGCUGGGUAUUUCGGCUAGCUAACCCGAAUGGGGGUGCGUCUGCGACCCAUGACGCUGAGGAUAACCGGGCUGAUUCCCCGGAUGGUCAUGCUGAGGCCGGCUCUCCUCAUCCAGACAUGAACUUCAACAGGAUGACCACCAUCAUUGAGGAUGACGACAAUGAUGUCCAAGUCCUCCACUCCAACCGGUCUCCUCUCUCUAACUCUCCUUCUCCUCCUUACUUCCCUGGAAUGGAUGGGGCCACAAGUGCCCGGUGUAGCCCUAUCCAUGAGCAGAGCCAGAAGCUGAAAUCUCCCUCAGCCAGGCACCAUUCUGAGGUUGACCGGGCUAAUCCCCCCAAAGUCCCGGUCCAAUCAGGUGCUAAAGAGGUCGGUGCAUCUUCCUCUUCAAAAGCCAAGGACCAAAAAAGGAAGAGCUCUCAUAAGAGUUCGAGGGGAGGCAAGAAGAGGAAGAUUAGCUUAUCAGACAGGGAGGGGGAAACCAUCGAAGAAGCCUUCCUAUCCCUGGCCAAAAAACUCAGCAAGGCCGGGGUCAUUUCAGAGGAGAUUGGCCAAACAUUAAAGGAGAAGGACCAGGUCUCCCAACUCACCCUCCUCCUUGAUUCUGCUAAGUUAGAGAUCAAUGACCGGGCAGAAAGGGAGAGGAGACUUGAGGAAGAGUUGAAGGAAGAAAGGGCCCGGUUUGCCCUUUUGGAGGAGGAAAGGAAGAGAAAGGUUGCCAAGCUCGAGGAUGCGCUGGGCCAGGCUGAAGAAUCUGCCCGGGCAAAGGAGGAAGCCUUUCCCACUGAAGCUGCUCACUGGGCUGCAAGCCAUCACUUGGAAACUGCCCGGUCAAUUCUUACCACACCGGAAGAAACCAUGGACUUUUUCAAGACCUUGUAUCAAGAACCGGAAGGCAAGAGGAUGAUCACUGAGAUUGGCUCGUACGGCUUCCAGUGCGGCCAGAAGGAUGAGAGGUCCCUCCUUUAUGCCAGACUUCUGAAGAGGGACCCUUCCUUUGACCCGGCCAAGAUGAAGCUCCUGGCCCUAUACAAGGAAGAGCCAGCUCCCCCCUUUCCCCUAGAGUAGGUUAGGAUUUGAAUUCAAAAACUUUAAAUUUUCCCAAGGCCUGGGGGAUGUCCGGCCUACUUCUGACUUGUGUAAUAUUAUCUUUUGUUUGGCAUGGUUUCCAAUUUACCGGCUUGUUUCUUCUCUCAGUUUGCAUGGUUGAACUCCUUUUCUAUGCAUGGUUAUUGCUUCUUGCUUGAUAGCUUUUCUUUUCUUUUUCUUGAUCGCCUUUGAAUGAACUUCCAAGUCAAUA